ACUCCUCGGAGAAGGAGACUCGCGCACUUGCUGCUCCAUGCGGAGAGGCGUGGGACGACUUGGCCGCGUGGUCCAGCAGCUCCCGGGGAGGCGAACGCGUUUGCGCCCUCGCCUCUGAGGCCUAGCGGGCCUUCAGUGGCCGAGAGGUUAGGUUUCUGCAGUGGGGUGAGAGCUCGCGGCCGACCGCACAGCGCGGUGACCCGGCCUCACCAUGUUGGUCCUGUUUGAAACGUCCGUGGGCUACGCCAUCUUUAAGGUACUGAAUGAGAAGAAACUUCAAGAGGUUGAUAGUUUGUGGAAAGAAUUUGAAACUCCAGAAAAAGCGAAUAAAAUAGUAAAGUUAAAACAUUUUGAGAAAUUUCAGGAUACAGCAGAAGCAUUAGCAGCAUUUACAGCUCUGAUGGAGGGCAAAAUCAACAAGCAGCUAAAGAAAGUGCUGAAGAAAAUAGUAAAAGAAGCCCAUGAGCCCCUGGCUGUGGCUGAUGCUAAACUAGGAGGGGUGAUAAAGGAAAAAUUGAAUCUCAGCUGCAUCCAUAGUCCUGUUGUUAAUGAACUUAUGAGAGGAAUUCGAUCGCAAAUGGAUGGCUUGAUUCCUGGGGUAGAACCACGUGAGAUGGCAGCCAUGUGUCUUGGAUUGGCACACAGCCUGUCUCGAUACAGAUUGAAAUUCAGUGCUGAUAAAGUAGACACGAUGAUUGUUCAGGCAAUUUCCUUAUUAGACGACUUGGAUAAAGAACUAAACAACUACAUUAUGCGGUGUAGGGAGUGGUAUGGCUGGCACUUCCCUGAGAUGGGGAAAAUUAUUUCAGAUAAUUUAACAUACUGCAGGUGUUUACAGAGAGUCGGUGACAGGAAGAACUAUGCAUCUGCCACUCUUUCUGACUUGCUGUCAGAGGAAGUAGAAGCUGAAGUGAAAGCAGCUGCAGAGAUAUCCAUGGGAACAGAAGUUUCUGAAGAAGAUAUUUGCAACAUUCUCCACCUGUGUACCCAGGUGAUUGAAAUUUCCGAAUACAGAACUCAGCUGUAUGAAUAUCUACAAAAUCGAAUGAUGGCCAUUGCACCUAAUGUUACAGUUAUGGUUGGGGAGUUAGUUGGAGCACGGCUCAUUGCUCAUGCAGGUUCUCUUUUGAAUUUGGCCAAGCAUGCAGCUUCUACAGUUCAGAUUCUUGGCGCAGAAAAAGCACUUUUCAGGGCCCUUAAAUCUAGACGAGAUACCCCUAAGUAUGGGCUUAUAUAUCAUGCUUCUCUGGUAGGCCAGACGAGUCCCAAACACAAAGGGAAGAUUUCGCGAAUGCUGGCAGCCAAAACCGUUUUGGCUAUCCGAUAUGAUGCUUUUGGUGAAGAUUCCAGUUCUGCAAUGGGAGUUGAGAACAGAGCCAAAUUAGAGGCCAGAUUAAGAAUUUUGGAAGACAGAGGGAUAAGAAAAAUAAGUGGAACAGGAAAGGCAUUAGCAAAAGCAGAAAAGUAUGAACACAAAAGUGAAGUGAAGACAUAUGAUCCCUCUGGUGACUCCACACUUGCAACUUGUUCUAGAAAACGCAAAAUAGAAGAGGUAGAUAAAGAGGAUGAAAUUACUGAAAAGAAAGCCAAAAAAGCCAAGAUUAAAAUUAAAGCUGAAGUAGAGGAGGAAGAGGAAGUGGAGGUUGAGGAGGCAGAGGAGGAGGAGGAAGAGGAAGAGCAGGUAGUAGAAGAGGAGCCAUCUGUAAAGAAGAAAAAGAAGAAGGAUAAAAAGAAACACAUUAAGGAAGAGCCGCUUUCUGAGGAAGAGCCAUGCACCAGCACAGCAAUUCCUAGUCCAGAGAAAAAGAAGAAAAAGAAAAAAAAGAAAGAAGCUGAGGACUGAUGGGAAGGAACUAUAAUUCUGUCACCUGGACACAUCAUGCUUAACAUUCAGUUGGGAGCAUAUCAGAUGCUCUAUAAAAUAAUCAAGGGAGGUGAAUCCAACCAUGAUUAUCUGUAACUUCUCAAUCUGUUUUUGUGUCUUGUCAUCAACUGUUAACCUUAUAGUCUUUGAUAUACAAAUAAAAAUAUUUUCUUUGUAUUAUAA